AUGACUCUCAAGCUCUACGGCCAUCCAGAUUCAUUGUGCACCCGCCGAGUUCUGCUCGUCUUGACAGAAAAAGACAUCGACUAUGAGUCUAUAACUAUGAACUUCAUGGCUGGAGAACAAAAGCAACCACCUUAUCAAGAGAUUAUGCCGUUUGGCCAGAUUCCUGCUCUCGAAGAUGGUUCACUCCGUCUCUAUGAGUCCAGAGCCAUCUCCCGCUAUCUUGCUUCUAAAUACCGUGGGCAGGGCAAUGACCUUCUUCCAGCCGCUGAUGAUGUUGAGGGCUGGGCUCUUUUUGAGCAGUUUGCGUCGGUGGAAUACUCCCAAGUCUUUGAUAUCGCGCUUCAAGUUCUAUUCCUGAAGCUCUUCAACCCGGCCAUGGGUAUUCCUUCGGAUGAGAUUACUACCAAGAGCAGUGUCACGAAGCUUCACGCUAAGCUUGACGUCCUUGAGAAGAUUCUUGCUACUCAGGACUAUCUUGGCGGCGCUGAGUUUACUAUUGUGGAUGCAUUCUACAUGCCGGCUGUACAUAUGCUUCACCAAGUUGGCGAGGGACCUGCAUUUGAGCAGCGUCAAAACAUCAGUUCCUGGUGGAACAGAGUCUCUAGCAGGGAAUCCUGGAAAAAGGUCAAUGGAAACUAG